GGCGACUGGCUUUGUUGGGCGAGUGUGUGGUGGUGUCCCUGUGGCUGGACAUGAUUGGUGUUUUGCAGCAUCUUCGUAUCCGCUAACAGGUCAAAAUGCAGAUCUUCGUGAAGAGCCUUACCUGCAAGACCAUUGCCCUUGAGGUGGAGCCCAGUGACACCACCGAAAAUGUGAAGGCCAAGAUCCAGGAUAAGGAAGGCAUUCUCCCCGAGCAGCAGACGCUUAUCUUUGCAGUCAAGCAGGUGGAAGAUGACCGCACUCUUUCUGACUAUGACAUCCAGAAAGAGUCGACCCUGCACCUUGUCCUGUGUCUGAGAGGUAGUAUGCAGAUCUUUGUGAAGACCCUGAUUGGCAAGACCAUCACCCUGGAAGUGGAGCUCAGUGACACCAUCAAAAAUGUGAAGGCCAAGAUCCAGGAUAAAGAAGUCACCCCCUACCCCAGCCCCGACCAGCAGAGGCUCAUCUUUGCAGGCAAGCAGCUAGAAGAUGGCCACACUCUUUCUGACUAUGACAUCCAGAAAGAGUCGACCCUGCACCUGGUCCUUCACCUGAGGAGUGGCUGUUAAUUCUCCAGUCUUGCAUUCACAGUGCCCACUGAUGGCAUUACUCUGCAGUAUAGACAUUUGCUCCAACUUAAGUUUAGAAAUUACAAGUUUCAGUAACAGCUGAACCUGUUCAAAAUGUUAAUAAAGGUUUUGUUGCAUGGUUAAA